AUGCGUUGCAAAAGUUGCCAGCUACUAGGGCAUACCAAAACACGCUGCACCAGUCCUGCCACAUGCGAGGGCUGCCAUCUUUCACCCCAUUCUCCAGCUGACUGCACACGUAAGCAAUGUGCAAACUGUGGCAGCGAUCACGCCUCCUCAGAUAAAGACUGUCCAAGAUUUAAGCAGACUCAGGAAAUACUAAAAAUUAAAACCAUCGCUAAAUGCUCCAUGGGAGAAGCACGGCGCAAAUACAACGAAACUAACACUCCAAAUGCAAACUCCAAAAGCACGUAUGCAAACGUUACCAUAAAAGGUAAAUCAACACCCAUCAACAAAGCACCAUCAUCACCAACCCAAACAAGUACGUCCAUGGCUAAACGUCCGGCUACAUCUCCACCAACAAGAACGAAUCUACCAAAACUACAAAAAACGCAAAAACCACUCCAAAGCAAUAGCUUUAACAAUAAUACUAACAAAACAACAACAAAAUCACUCAAUCAAAACAUAAACUACAACCAACAGCAAAAUUCACCCCAUCACAUAUCCCAGCAAACUAAAAUGAUACUUGACAACAUAUCUACUGUCUCACCAUGCACUAAACUUACCCAACAAUUAUUAAACAAAAACGAUUAUUUCAUGCCAAUACCCGACUCUGACGAAGAACCUAAACUAUAA